GCGUGAUGUAAACGGGGAGGAUAUCUCGGUUCCUCUUAAGGCCUUCCCCUUAACCCUCAUGUCUAUGCUUAAUAGAGACCUGAAACUGAAGGACAGGCUCAGACAUUAGUCAGCUCUACACUCAUCUACUCCUCCACACACAGAAAUCAACAUUGGUUUAAGCAAUAACCAUGGAGGAUGAGCAGAAUUAUGAAUAUGACGAUGAAAAAUACUUGGAAAUGUUUAACAAUAGCGAAAACACAAGCCCUACACUUUGCAAUGGGGACGACCUCGUCCAAUACUGCUCUACAUCUAACGUCAACCAAUUUGGCUCGGCCAUCAUUCCUUAUUUCUACUACAUCAACUUCCUCCUGAGUUACUUAGGCAACUGGCUUGUUUUGUUCAUCAUCGUCAAGCUUGAGAAGGUCAACAGCGUCACCAACAUCUUCCUCAUCAAUCUGGUCACCUCCAACAUCCUGUUUGCAUCCAGCUUCCCCUUCCUGGCCAAAUACCAUUCCUCAGAGUGGAUCUUCGGCACGGUGCUUUGCAAGUUGGUCAGCAGUGCCCAUCUGAUUGGUUUCUACAGUUCCAUCCUCUUCCUCACCCUGAUGACCUUUGACCGCUACCUGGCCGUGGUGCACGCGGUGUCCGCUGCCAAGAGCAGGAAGAGGGCGUACGCCAUCGGGGCGUCGUUGAUCGUUUGGUUCAUCAGUGUGCUGGCCAGUCUCAAUGAGCUGGUGUUCAAAGGCGUGUGGGAGGACAGCGAGCAGGGCCUGAUGUGUGAGGAGACAGGAUAUGAUCUUGACGUCGUCAAACAGUGGAAUCUGGUCAGCUACUACAUGCGGUUCCUCCUCUUCUUCCUGCUGCCCCUCUCCAUGGUGAUGUACUGCUACACCUGCAUCACCGUGCGGAUCAUGUCCACUCGCAUGAGGGAGAAAUGGCGCUCGGUGAAGCUGAUAUUCAUCAUCAUGUUCACCUUCUUCGUUUGCUGGACUCCCUAUAACAUCAUGAUCCUGCUGAAGGCCAUUCAGAUCUCCACAGCCGACGAAGCAAACCCGAUAAUGACUAGAAGACCUUCUGGGGGCGUACGCCAACGCCGGUUCACCCAACAGCAGGAACUUUCCAUUGUGGACCUGGUUCGAGCAAACAAUGCAAUCCGUCUCAACCAGCUACAGCAACAAAUACUUGCAGAUAGAGAAGUAUUCAAUAGCAUAGAGCUAGUAAGCAUUUCCACUAUCAGACGCAUCUUGGUAAAGCACCAAACUACCAUUAAGCAAUUGUACAGGGUCCCAUUUGAGAGGAACAGUGUCAGGGUCAAAGGACUUUGACGUGAAUAUGUACAUGAGCAUCUUGGAGAUGGAUGGAGCUGCACAGCCUCAUGAAUUUAUUUACAUUGUUGAGGCUGGAUUCAACCUCAGCAAAACAAGACGAUGGGGUCGUAACAUAAUUGGCCAAAGGGCAAUUGUGCAAGUCCCCGGGGCAGCGCAGGGGAAAUAUCUCAUUGUGUGCUGCCAUAAGCCUUCAAGGGCUACUGCACCAUCAAACAAAACUAGGUCCCUUCAAUACCGAAUAUAUAAUAACAUUUCUGGAUGCACUUCACGAUGCAGCUGUACAGGACAGACCAGAGCGGCCCAGGUUUGUUGUUGUCUGGCAUGAUGUUAGUUUCCAUCGGGCUGCUCUGGUCCGCAACUGGUUCACCAACCGUCAUCAAUUUAAAGUCCUAUACUUGCCCCCUUACACACCAUUUUUAAACCCCAUAGAAUAAUUAUUUUCGGCUUGUAGAUGGCAAGUAUAUGACCGCCAACCACAUGCUUGCAUGCCUCUUCUGCUGGCAAUGGAACAGGCCUGCGCAGACAACGACUUAGGGUCAAUUCAUGGAUGGAUUCGGCACACAAGGCAAUAUUUUCCCCGAUUCUUAGCGGGAGAAAACAUUGCUUGUGAUGUUGAUGAGAUCCUAUGGCCAGACCUCAACAGGAUCCAUAAGCCCGACCACGCACAAUUGCCAUGUUUUUCUGUGUUUACAGUACAGUAUGGUUUAUUUUGUUUUAUUUUUGCUCAAACUGUAUUUACUGCACUGUUAUGAACAGUACUGCAAUGUACAGUUUUUAGUAUUUGAUCUUUUGGUUGUGGUGAAAACGUGCCCUCUGGAACUGAAUAAAAACAGUGAACAUGAAAGACUUUUUGAAAAAUUUAAAAAAAACUGUAAGACUCCUUUCAGCUGCCCUGCCCCCCUUCUCCUGCAAAAAAAAAUAAAAUAAAACAGCUAAUAAAACGCUU